UUAUCCUAUCAAAAAAGAAAAGAAAAGAAAAAAAAACACUUCCCAGCAAAAAGACACUUCUCACACACCCUCACUCACCGGAAAAGCUUCGACCAGUGACUACCACCACUCGCCUCUCACCACCGGCCGCCACCUUUCUCUCUCUCUCUCUCUGCUCGGCAGAAAAGCUCUUUCACCGGAAAAGCAAGUCGACCACCACAAAAGCUUUCUCUAUCUCCUUCUCCCAUUUGUCUCUCACUCUGUAUUCUCUCUACGCGACAGGCAGUGAUUAUGAGUCUAUUGCAUAUGUGACUUUUAAGGAUGCUUAUGCAUUGGAGACUGCAUUGUUGCUGAAUGCACGGAAAGCUUGAAAUGAGUGCUACAGAAAAUCCAAAGAAAGUUGGUGCUCCCCCAAUUGUCAAGUUGAAUAAGGCCUUGAAAUUGGCUGAGGUAUGGGUAAAAAAUAUGAGCAGAUCUGCAGACGAUGAAACACCAAGUGUGGAUACAGAGGGUCGACCUCAAAGGCUUGGUCUAGGUGCAAAAGUUUCACGGCAAACCAAAGUAGGGCCUUCAAAUGACCCUGUUGAAAGGAAAUUGAAUGCCAAAUUAGAUGCUGAAAAAAGAAAAGCAGCUAAUAUUGCCAAAGAGUGUACUACAAUUGCUAGUGAUGACGAUGAUGAAGACAACGAAGAUGAAAGCAGAACUAAUGUUUUUUCCAAGAGGAAGGCCCCGGCUCCUUUGACCCGGCCUAUGCCGGGAAAUAAGAAGCCGAAGUGAUACUAAUAUGAAUAAUGCAAGGCUUUGCGUUAUCGCAUAUUUUGUAUUGACUAGACCAACAAUGUAUACAUUAUUUUUAAAAUAUUGGAAGUCAUUGGGCAUUUCAUGGAA